UUUGGAGGAAUUAAUUUAAAAGUAGCUUUGGCAUUAGCUAUUGCUUGGACUCUUACAGGGCUAGUUUUGGUGAAGGGAGUUAAAAUGAUGGGAAAAAUCUCUUACUUCACCGCAACCAUUCCCUACGUUAUAAUUGUUAUUCUUUUUAUUCGAGGAAUUACUUUAGACGGUGCUUCUAUUGGAUUAGACUAUUAUAUAUUUCAUCCUGAUUUUAGUGUUAUACUUGACCCCGUGACUUGGAGGGCAGCAGCAACACAAGUAUGCUAUAGUCUUUCUGUUGGAUUUGGAGGCAUUUUGUCUUUAUCUAGCUAUAAUCCAAGAACUCAUAAUUGUUAUAGAGAUGCUUUUAUAAUUACAAUGGCCGAUGGUUAG